AUGGCUGCUGCUCCACCGUCAUCGUCAUUAACAAAUGACUUUUAUUUUGCUUGUCGCAACGGUGAUGUGGAAAAAGUUCAACAACAACUUCCAUCAAUGACGUUGGCAGAAAUUAAUGAAAUUCAAUCGAACGGUUCCACGGCACUUCAUGCUGCUACCUACUACGGACAUAGAGAAAUAGUUAAAUUAUUAUUAAAGUGCGGUGCUAGUCGUUCGAUAAAGAAUAAAUAUAAAUGUAUACCAUAUGAGGAGACAGAAAACGAAAAUAUUAAGAAAUUAUUUAUUCGUCCAACGCCAAAUAGAUUUAUUGGUAAUGGUACAGGUCACAUUGAUUGGAUGAAAUGUGAUGACGAGGCAGAUGAAGUGGCAAGUGAUUAUCGCUAUAGGCAUUCCGGUUACGGGUGGAAAGAGAAACAUUUCUCUCGACGACUUAAUUUUAUACGUGAUGGAAUGUCUCAUGCCAAUCUAGAAAACAUUCAGUUGCUGUUAGAUCGUGCAGAAAAAGAACAAAAUCCAGAACAUUUAAUAACAGCAUAUACAGCUGAAUCGGACUUUUAUAAAAGAUUGAAUGAAGAUUUAGCAACAACACAUUUUGAUCAAGGUUCAAAUUUUGGUAUUACAUAUUUUGUUGAUUUCUUUUAUAAUAAUCCAGAAUUUGCUAAGCUAUCCUAUAAAGGUAAAGUCUAUCGUGGUAUGACUAUGACACGUGAUGAUUUAAAACAGUAUGGUAAAGGUGUUAAGUUAAUGAAUAAAGCAUUUAUGUCAUCAACAAAAGAUCGAAAAGUAGCUGAAGAGUUUGCGAAGAAAGUUCGAGUUGAUCGACAAACUUUAGAAGGUGAGCAUGUUUAUUUAAGUGCUUUAUGCACAUAUGAAAUUGUAAACAAUCGUACCGGUUUGGAUAUUGAACAAAUGUCGGAAUACAAACAUGAAAAAGAAGUAUUAAUUGGACCAUAUUCAGCAUUUGUGGUUGUCAAUGUAAAACAAAAUGAUCCGGACUAUGUUGAGAUUGAACUUCGAGAAUGUGAAAAGAAGGAUGAAGAAGAGGAUUAG